AAAUGUAUUGCUCAGCAGAAGAGCCGCUACCAGAAACUUAGGGCUGCAGAUGUGUAGCCCGGGAUUAACCGACAAAACGCGGACUGAUGGAAAACACGGGACAUCAUGAAAGAGAUUGACUCUGUGGGGGGUGAGAAAGAUGAAAAUUCGGUUGCAGGCGAGGAAAAUGAAGAGGGGGCUCCAAUGAGGCGUAGUUUCUCGGUAGAGGAUCUCCUCGAUGAGGUGGAGAAGAUCUGUUACAAUGCCUCAGGGACAUCAAAGGUGGAGAUGGUGGUGAGGCUGUGGAAGGACGGCUUCACCGUGAACGAUGAGGAGUUUCGCAGCUACUCCGUACCAGAGAAUCAAGACUUCCUGGAUGCAAUCAAGAGGGGGGAGCUUCCGGCAGAGUGGGAGAGCAGGGCAGAAGAGGAGGAGCUGGAGAUCAGUGUGGAGGAUCUGACGGAAGAAAAUUAUGUUCCCAAGAAAAAGACCUUUCACCCUUUCAGCGGCAGAGGAUACCGACUUGGCAGUGUUGCACCCAGGGUAGUGGCCAGGUCACCGUCUGUGCAUGAGGAUGGAGAAUCUCCUCCUAUUCCCAUGGUAACACUAGACCACGCCCUUCCUGUUACCUCCCUGCAGAUCUGGUUGGCCGAUGGCAGGAGAUUGGUACAGAGGUUUAACCUAUCGCAUCGGAUCACGGAUGUUCAAGAUUUCGUGGCCCGCUGCCAGAGGAGCUGCCCACCCUUCGUCCUGACAACAUCACUUCCUUUUCGAGAGCUCAGCAACAAAGAAUUAAGUCUGGAAGAAGCGGACUUGGCCAAUGCUGUCAUUGUCCAGAGACCCCUGAACACACAGGCUCCGUUUGGACACUCCUGACCAAUAGGGCCCCUUAACUUACACAACACACUACUAUUCCCCUCACUAAUAUAUCAUAUCUAUAACCCUGAUAGCAAUCUCAACUCCCUUUAUAACUUAUAAUCUUUAUUUAUUCAGCAGUUUGUGCUGCAUUUGAUGAUUGUUAUUUCCCUCUACAGUCUCUGUGUGGGAUUAUCUAAUGGAGACAUUGUCUGUUAGUUACAAAGGUGCUGCUGUCGUCAGUGCUUACUUUGUCUUCUUCCCCUGGAGGACAGUGUUUACCUGCCAGCAGAUCUCCCCAAACCCCCGAACUGUAGCGAAACUGUCAAGGCAAAACCAGUUUUGUCGCCCGUGCAGAUGGUCAACCAUGUGUGUCCAUCUGUUGGUCUCCCACAUGUAAGCCUCCCUGCUUCCCUCACAAUCGCACACAGUACCACCACCAGCACCACCAACCUACUCUCUAAAGUCUUCCCAAACUGUUAUCACCGUUUUCUGCACUAUUUACAGUAAAAACAACAAGCUGAUAAUUCAGUUUUUAUCUCUUAAGUUUAAAAUUAUAUUUAUUCAACGUGAUUUUUUGUGUUUGCACAUUAUUAUGAUAAAAAGAAAAAAAGGAUGACAGCUUGUUAUUUAUGUUGGCCUGACUGUUUAGGGCAUUCAGAUGUCGUGUCAUGUUUUUUGUGAACAUUUGCCUUUGUUUUUGUGGGGAGAUUUAUUUCAAAAUGUACAAUGUCUUGUUUCAUUUGACUGCAUCAUGUAAAGAAACAUCACGUAUCAAGGUAAAAUAAAACUUCC